AGAAACAUCCAACCAAAGACGCUGAGUCGCUGACUUUAAUCAGACUGUCACCAUCUCAACGCAGUCAUCCUUUCCGUUUCUCUGAGGUGAAACCCUAACCUAAAGAUUUAAUCCAUUGCCGUUGUUGCGACAGUAGAGGGGAUGACAACCGCUUACCAUCACUGACCAUCUACUUCCAUCAACCGCUGUCGACAAGCGACCAGUAAUAGCAUCCAAACGAAUUAACGAACCGUUUCUAGGUCACUACCGGCAGCCAUCGCCGAUUGCUCACCGCUGCAACUGUUCCAGCUAAAGAGUAGAACUUAAAAGUUAUUUGACAGGUUCAUAAUUGCAAGAUCAAAUGAAGCAUAUCGUAAAGAUCAUUACAUUGUUAGUGGCAAUCACUGCCUUCUGGAUCGGCCUUUUGGAGACAGCUUUAGUCCCACGCAGUUAUACUUGGUUGCUACCUGUCUACUUUAUUGUAUCACUAGGAUGCUAUGGUCUUUUAAUGGUUGGGGUUGGUUUGAUGCGGUUUCCAACCUGUCCUCAAGAAGCAGGGUUACUGCAACAGGAUAUUGCAGAGGCCAAAAAAUUCUUGAAGCAAAGUGGGAUUGAUGUGGGCUCUGAAUAGCGUUUGAUCAUAACAUUUUCUGAAUAGGUUAGAAAUUUCAGCUGGAGAACAGGUAUACAUUGUACAUUUACCUGAUCUACUGAAGAAACAAAUUAUACUUGAAAAUGUUGGCUCCACCAAGAGAAAUAAAGAUAAAUAUUUGCUUGAAUGAAACUAGAAUGGGAAGGGUUAUGCGUUGAGUCCCCAAUAGAUUGCGGUUGGGAAGAUCGAUAUUCUGUUUAUCCUGUUUCCAUGGAUGGAUUCAUUUUUUUUUUCCAUUUUACCCAAAAUAGUGAUUUUUUUUCCUUGUAGAAAUAGAGAAAAUGUUGCAUCGUUAUCCAUUCAAAAGUUGUUUCUGUAUGGCCCCUUGAGAAGGCCUGGUCUUGCAAAAAGAUUCUUCCUUGUAUUGGCACAUCAUUGCUGUUUUCGGUUGUUUUGUACCAUUGCUGUUUCUACUUGAAA